AUGGGGACGUUCGUAGCAGCAUGGUCAGUGACGUCGCAACGAUGCAACUCCUCCAUCAUCUGUCGCUGGGCAGUUGAGAGAGAGACGUUUCCCAGUUUCGCCAGACUAUAUCCUGGACCCCCAACCCCCAGCCCCUCAGUGACUGGUGGAGGUAAAUCGCGGUAUAUGCCCAAGUUGACCAGGGUUCGAACAGCCUUUAUACUCCUGGCCCCAAGAGACCCUCCUCCAUGGUUAUUACAUCACCAAACUGCUCCAACCAAGAUGGUUAUUACAAACACUCGGCUACUCCAAUCAGGAAUCGAACUCCCCACGCUGGGGUUGCGAGCCCCGCACUGCCCUUCCUUUGCCAACUUGGAUGUGCCCCGGGGGGCUUCAACUUUGAAGUAUAGGAUAGACAGUUUGGAAUGUUGCUAUAAUUUACAGUUUCAAUUAGAAGAUGCAAUAGAGAAGGAAGACUUCCAGGAAGCUGGUAAGUUGAAAUUGGCUAUUGCAGAAGCAACAUCAAAAGAUAGUAUUGCUGAAAUUAUGUCUCAAUUGAAGAACGCAAUUGACGAAGAACGUUACAGUGAUGCUUCAACAUUGUGCCGAAGUACAGGAAGCGGGCUGGUUGGUUGGUGGGUGGGCUUUUCGAAGGAUUCUGAUCCUUUUGGUAGAUUAAUACGAAUUACGCCAGGAGUGGGCAGAUUUGUUGGUAGAAGUUACAGUCCAAGACAGUUGGUUACUUCAUCUCCUGGAACUCUGCUUUUUGAAAUAUUCGUGGUUAAGGAUGCAAACGAGACAUAUAAGAUGCAGGUAGUAUUUCUGCAAAGAAGCAGCAGAAGUUCUGCAAAUUCAAGUUCGACAUCAUCUGAUCAAUCCUCAAAGGGGCCAUCAGCAGCCGAGAUCGAGAAUGCAUCUGUAGUUGAUGUUAAAGUGGAAGAAAAUGAAGCCAAAAAAGGUGAGGGAAAGAGCAUUGAUUUGGAAGGAGCUGCUGAAGAAGGAAUAAAAAGUGUGAUAAAUUUUCUCAAAGAAAAAAUUCCCAACCUGAAGGUUAAGGUGAUGAAGGUUAAUGUUACUGAAGAAAUAACAGAAGAUGGUGAUUCUUUCAAGCAGAUUAUAGAAGACAGUGAGAAUACUGAGGAGGAAGCUAGUGAUUUGGAUGACAAUCAGCAAGAUCGGGCUGCUAUCCAAGGAGAUAGUGACACCGUGGAAGACGAAACAGAUUUGGAUAUGAAACUUUUUAUUGGUGGGGUUUUACAUAAUAAAGAAGAUACUCCUACCAAGGAUGAUUAUGUUCGUGUCCCAGCCAAUAUCAAGGAUAUGGAAAGGGAUUCUUUUGUGUUGCAUAUCCCAAAGAGAUAUCAAGAUCAUGAUAGUGACGAGAACAUAGCAUCGAAGGCCAAAGUGGCUGCUAUGGCUGCCCAAGGUGUUUCUGAGCUGAUGCCCCCUGAUGUUGCCAAGGUAUUCUGGAGUUCUGAAAAAGUUUCUUCAAAGAUCUCCAGAGAUGUGCGAGAAAUAAUGAAGCUUGCUGUGAAUCAAGCGCAGAAGCGGAAUAGGGUAUCAGAGUACACAACUUUUAGUCGUAUUACUACCUCCAAAGGUGAUUUAGAUCCCUUUGAUGGCCUAUAUGUUGGUGCAUUUGGCCCUUAUGGUACUGAGGUAGUGCAAUUGAGGUGCAAAUAUGGUAACUGGAAUAUGAAUAAUGAAGAGAAAUCUUCUGACAUGGAGUUCUUUGAGUAUGUUGAGGCAGUCAAGCUGACGGGGGAUUUAAAUGUUCCUGCAGGCCAGGUAACAUUCCGUGCCAAAAUUGGAAAAGGUGGUCGUGUUGCCAAUCGAGGAAUGUACCCAGAUGAGCUAGGAGUGGUUGCGAGCUACAGAGGUCAAGGAAGGAUUGCAGAAUUUGGGUUCCGGAAUCCAAAGUGGGUCGAGGGUGAACUUCUACAACUCAACGGCAGGGGUAUGGGGCCGUUUGUUAAAGGUGCAGACCUGGGUUUUCUUUACGUCGUCCCUGAGCAAAGCUUUCUUGUGCUCUUCAAUCGUUUGAAACUACCUGAGUGAGCCAUGUUACUGAGUUGUAGAGAGUCUUGCGGCAGGAUUGUUCAGAUCUUUCUUUGAGGGUUUUUGACUUUUCAAUGCAUUCACAGUAUCAUACAAGUUUUGUUGGAAAGUGAUGGGAUGAGAGAAUAAUAUUGUCUUGAUUAUAUAUUCUCUAGAGUCCAUGCUUGUUGACUAAAAAGUGAUGAUGCAGUGGUAUAAAUCAUCAUAUAUUAUAUAUAUAGUUU